GCUGCCAGACCGCCGUCUACAUGAACUGGAACUGGCUGUGGAGCUUCCACGGCCUCACCAUCAACAACGCCAACGUCGGCAUCGACAUGAGCGCCCUCGACGGCAACGGCAACCAGAACGUCGGCUCCAUCCUGCUGGCCGACAGCAAGCUCAACAACGUCAAGGUCGGCGUGCUGACCAACUACAACGUCAACCAGAACGGCACCGCCGGCACCCUGAUCCUGGACAACGUCGAUGCCACCAACAACACUCCCGUCAUGGUCAAGAACGCCCGCUCCGGCGCGACCAUCCUCAACGGAAACGCCAACAUUGCCUCGUGGAGCCAGGGCCGCGCCUACACCAACUCCAACGGAAAGGCCGUUCAGGGCACCCGCGCCGCCGUCAGCAAGCCUGCCGCGCUUACGUCUGGUGGCAAGUUCGCGACUCACACCCGACCCCAGUACGAGACCGUGCCCGCCAGCAGCUUCGUGUCCGUCAAGUCCAAGGGCGCCAAGGGCGACGGAAGCACCGACGACACGGCCGCCAUCCAGGCCGUCUUCAACAGCGUCUCCUCGGGCCAGAUUGUCUACUUCGACCACGGCGCCUACGUCAUCACCGACACCAUCAAGGUGCCCAAGAACAUCAAGAUUGUCGGCGAGGUCUGGCCCCUCAUCAUGGUUGGCGGCUCCAAGUUCAAGGACCAGAACAACCCGCAGCCCGUCUGGCAGGUUGGCCAGCCCGGCGAUGUCGGCACCGUCGAGAUCCAGGACCUCAUCUUCGAGACCCUCGGCCCCCAGCCUGGUGCCAUCAUCAUGGAGUGGAACGUGGCCGGUGCUUCCCAGGCCGGCGCCGGUCUCUGGGACGUCCACUUCCGCAUCGGCGGCACUGCCGGCACCCAGAUGCAGUCUGACCGCUGCGUCAAGACGCCCACCGUGACGACCAACCCCAACCCCUCGUGCUUCGGCGCCUUCCUGCUCGUGCACGUCACCUCGUCGGGCUCCAUCUACAUGGAGAACACGUGGCUGUGGGUGGCUGACCACGAGCUCGACCUCGCCGACCACAGCCAGAUCAACAUCUACAACGGCCGCGGCCUGCUCGUCGAGAGCACCAAGGGCACCUGGCUGUGGGGAACCGCCUCGGAGCACAACGUGCUGUACAACUACGCCUUCAACAACGCCCAGAACGUCUACAGCAACAUCCUGCAGACGGAGACGGCCUACAUGCAGGGCAACCCCGACGCCCGCGUGCCCUACACCAGCCAGUCCAAGUACGCCGAUCCCGACUGGAG